AUGACGAAUUUCAGCCGUAACCACAAAGGUCAAAAAAGAUUGGUCCAUUUAUUCCACCACAGCUCUUUACUGAGAAAUUUCCAAUCACAAAAUCAAAAAAACAACGGUGAACCAAUUACAAAAGUGCAUAUUGCAUGUGUUCUGGAACUAGCAUUAAAAAAAUCUAUAAAACCAGAAACUCUGAUUAAUGGCUUUAGUUGUUGUGGUUUAGUGCCAUUCGAUCCUAACGCGGUUGACUAUUCCAAGUGCCUCGGUGGAAUAAACAAUAAUAAUAAUUCAGAUACAGAAGUUCUGCCUGUUCAACAACAACCUGAAACAAGUUCUUCUAGUGUUAUUACUUUGGUGAAAUUUAGAGAGCUGGUUGGACCAUCUACAAUGUCAAAAUUGUAUGCUUAUGGUUAUAUCCCUGAAGAUGAUGAAAACUUGAAUAUUUUGUACCGUCUCUAUUCAAUAUUUGAUGUCCACUCCUUUAAAUCACCAUCAGCACAAAAUGUUUCAACUAGCCGUGAAGACGAUAUACCUUUGGCGUAUCUACAUAUAUACGCCGGCUCUAUAGCCGCCUUUGACUAUUCAGAUCAACGGAGAAAUAGCAAUGAAUGA